AUCAACAGGCAACUUGAAGUUUCACGGACCAAACAACAGCAUUUAGGACAGUGGAAGAUAAAUAUAUAGUGAAAUACCAAUGAUGGAAAGCAAUAAAAUUUCAAAGAAAUCAAAAACAGCAAACGGAGAUGUAGAAAACAAUUCACACAACAAAAUCAACCUAAAAUUGCUAUAGCAUCCAGUGUAGAAGCCAUGAUGUACAACAUGAUCAUUGAUAAAAUCAGUACAGAUUGAUUUUGAUUUUAUUUAUACUCUUCACCCUUUAUCCUAUGGUCAUCAAUGAAUUCAUGUAUUUAAAACCCUAUGGCAAAAGGUAUUAUAUUUUUUGAAAUCAAUUCUAUACUCCAAAAGGUACGUAAACCAUCGUGUUCACUAUCAUGCUCCCCUUUGCCCUUAUAUACAACCAAGUAAAAAAGGAAAAACAAUCACAGAAUGCAUGACAUUAUAAUGACGCACAACUGAAAAAUUGCCAAAUUUGGAGCAACAAAUUGAAGAUCAAAGUUCAACCAGUUCAACCGCAAACAACAUAAAGUUCACGAAACAUCUUUUUUUGAUCAACAAAAAGGAAAUAUUUAUUGAUGAACACAAUAUAUGAAUACAAAGAUAACAUACACCAUCCAAUAGAAGCACAUCAGAACAGAUAGCAGCUCACAAGUCAUUAACAGGCCAUCCCCUUACUGAAUCAAGUCUAUACACUUUAGUCAAUAACAGAGUAUCCACACUCUUUGGAUGUGUAUUUAGCCCAUAAGGCUGCUCUAGUCUUAAUUAAAUCACACAAAGACCCCCAGCAGACCUGAGAUCCAUUGAACUUACAAUCAUUUGUUGCCUUCCACGGAGACCACAGAGCAGCAAAAGUCAACACUUGCCAGAUUUUCUUUUCAAAUUUCCUGAAUCUAUGCCCACUCCACCAUUGUAAAAGCAUGGCAACUGAGAGUGGUGAAGCCCACUGCAUUCCCCACCAGUCCAAGAGCACAGACCAGACUCUCCAAACAGCUGGGCAGUGAAUAAACAUAUGGUCAGCAGUCUCCUCAACAGAAUUACAAAAUAUACACUUCACAUUAACACUGGAAUCCAAAACUCCUAACUGUUUCAACAACACAGCAGUUUUAACCCUACCCUUCCAAGCUACCCACCCAAAAGAAUUGAACUUUGGGAGGAGCCACAUUUUUCCAUACAAGUCCUAACACUUUAUCCUUAGCUCCCAAAUUCGACUCAGCCCAGUUAUACAAGGAUUUGACAGUAAAUUUCCCAGUUGGAUCAGCCUUCGACGGGAGCUUCUAUAUACACACACCUAAUCCCCUCUUUGCACAUCCUUCUCACUACACACACCAAAAAAAUUAAUUCCUAAUUAGUUUCCUCAGUACACACACGGUGAGUUCCAAAUGUACCCUCACACACACACACACACCCGACCCCAAAAUACACACACCUAUUGAAUCUGAAGCACAUCUUCAACCUUGAAGCAUUCCAUCACAUACAAGCUGAAGCACCUAUUCAAACUGAAGCACAUCUUCAACCGUGUGCAAAUACAUUGAAGCAUUCCAUCUCAUUACCGUGUGCAACCCAGGUGUGCAAAUACAUUGAAUCAUUUCAUCCACGAAGCUGCAUCCCAUUGAAGCAUUCCAUCAGAUUUUCAAUCCUCAUUAGAUAAUAUGGAUUCUGAAUAUCAACAACGUGUCCUACCUACUGCUUCAAAUAGACGACGUUGUGAAUUGGAUGUAGACCAUGAACGGGGACGAGGGCGUGGGCGGGGACGAGGUCAAGGUCGUGGUCGAGGUCGUGAUCCAGUUUCAGUAGAAUAUGAUAUUCCCAGUGCCAGUCAAAGUCGGAGCCGAAGCCAAAGACGAGUUGAAGGUUACGAUAUGCCUGACAUUGCUGUGGAGGAUACCUCUUUACCUGAUUCUCCUCCUGUCCAGAAAGAGUACCUUACUCAUGCUUUUCCAGGUGGACCGACUGAUCCAUCAAUACUGCGGAGUUUCAAUAGUCAUGUGGCUGCAGCUAUUUGGCACGGGGAGGAACGAGGGCCCCUAAAGUGUCAUAAUCACUCUUCCAAGAUCCUUGCAUGGCCAUGGUGGUUAGUAGAGAACAACACCAGAUUCAAAGCCAUUAUUGAGCCGUCUGGACUGUCACAGUUAGCUCGUUGCACUUAUUAAUUUGUCAACAAGCUUCUAAUCUCCAGUUUUGUUGAGAGAUGGCAACCUGAGACGAACACAUUUCACAUGACAGUUGGUGAGAUAACCUUGACCCUGGAUGAUGUUGGCACUAUUCUUGGCCUUCCCAUUGUAGGCAAAUCAGUCAGCAUACCAGAUGUGACAGAUCAUCAUGGAGUUACAUUACUCGUUUAUGGCUUGGGGAUUACUGAACGUGCAGCACAUGAAGAGGUUUCUUCUGCUGGUGGCAAUUCAGUCAGGCUUGAAUGGUUGCGAAGUCAGUUUGCUGGUGUCACAGAUUCAAACCCCGAGGAGGCUAUACAGUGCGCUGCUAGAGCUUAUUUAUUGUUUCUGUUGGGAUGUACACUCUUCAGUGACAAGAGUGGCGGCAGGGUUCCCGUUGUUUACCUCGGCUUGUUGAUGGAUUUGGGAUCCAUACAUACUUAUGCCUGGGGUGCUGCUGCAUUAGCAUUUUUAUAUAGACAGUUGGGGUUUGCUAGCCGGUCUGGGGUUAAGCAGAUGGGUGGUUAUAUGAAUCUUUUGGAGGCGUGGAUUUAUGAGCACUUCCGAGCAUUCCGACCUCAUCAGAACAUGGGCUACAAUGAAGACAUGCCACACGUGUACCAUUGGGCAUCUAGGAGAGAGACGGGUU